ACAAAGAGCGGAAGUGACUGUGGGCGCCCCGGAAGUAGUUCUCGCUGUUUUCUUACGGUCCGGCGCGGCGGCGCUGCUUUCUACCCCCCGACCUGCGCUUUGUUGCCGAGCUGCCAGGCUUGACCGGGCAGCUGUAUCUCACCCUCCGGGCGGCUUCACACUCCUGAAUGCUCCUCGACAUGGCGGCUGGAGGCGGCGCGGCUCCUCCGCACGUUGGUGAUAUUGAAGAGGACGCUUCUCAGCUGCUCUUUCCUAAAGAGUUCGAGAACGCGGAGACGCUGCUGAACUCGGAGGUCCACAUGUUGCUGGAGCACAGAAAGCAGCAGAACGAGAGCGCGGAGGACGAGCAGGAGCUGUCCGAGGUCUUCAUGAAGACCCUCAACUACACGGCCCGUUUCAGCCGCUUCAAGAACCGCGAGACCAUCACGGCCGUGCGCAGCCUCCUGCUGCAGAAGAAGCUCCACAAGUUCGAGCUCGCCAGUUUGGCCAACCUGUGUCCAGAAGCCGCAGAGGAGGCCAAAGCCCUGAUCCCCAGCUUGGAGGGUCGCUUUGAGGACGAGGAGCUGCAGCAGAUCCUCGAUGACAUCCAGACCAAGAGAAGCUUCCAGUACUGAGACCUCAGCCCCCCACACACACAGCCCCGCCCCCUACAGCCCCGCCCCCAGACUAAUGUGGUCAAUCUGCUGUCCUGAUAA